AUGUCUGUCCAACACGCAUCCUCCGAGUCGUACGCCCGGUCCGGCUUCGCCAACCGCAUGGGCUGGGGCAAACGCCCUGCCCUGCUCAUCAUCGACGUCUGCAAGGCGUACUGGGACGCGUCGUCGCCGCUCUCUCUGUUGGGAAACCCAGAUGCCGAACAAGCGCCAGACUCGAUGCGCAAGCUGGUCAAGGCAGCGCGAGCGGCCAAGAUCCCGGUGGUCUGGAGCCAGGUCGAGUACACGCAGCCAGACAUGGCGGACGCAGGUCUCUUCUGGCACAAGGCCAAGGUCCUGGACGUGUGGAAGAAGGGCGACACGAGAGGUCUGGCUGCGUGUCUCGAAGGGCUGGAACCCGCCGACGGAGACGCAGUCGUGGUCAAGAAGUAUGCUAGUGCAUUCUUUGGCACGACCCUUGCUUCUACACUUCAGGUCAUGAACGUGGAUACUCUAGUCAUCUGCGGUGUGAGCACGUCCGGCUGUGUGAGGGCGACCACGUUGGACGCGAUGCAGCAUGGCUUCAGGCCGAUGGUCGUGGCUUCAGCAUGUGGAGACCGUACGCCUGAAAUUCAGAAAGCCAACUUGUUCGACCUGGAUUCAAAAUAUGCCGAUGUUGUAUCAGAAGAGGAGGCGAUCAUAAACAUAUCGAAAGGAUGGGCAGGGCACAAGUCGUAG